GCAAAAUGACCUCACCCUCCAGGAGUUCAAAGUAUUUUGGGAUAGGAAAGAGAAACCAAAGCAAAAGGAGAGAGCAGGCUUGUCAAAAUCUGUCAAAAGGUUGUUAAAACAAUGGAGUUUCAUUCAGCAGCGAGAAGGCUUGCUAUACAGAGUAGUGUCAGAUCCUUGCCAUGGAGAAGUAUGGCAGUUGCUUCUUCCUUCUUGUCUCAAGGAUCAGGUUCUCGAGAGCGUUCAUGACAAUAUGGGCCAUCAAGGUAGAGAACGAACUGUCAAGUUGUUAAAGGACAGAUGUUUCUGGGUUGGCCUCUACGAAGAUGUGGAUAAAUGGAUCAGUAAUUGUGAAAGGUGUGUUUUGUCAAAAAUGCCCCAGCCAAAGAUCAAUGCACCCGUUCAGGCAUUCUUGGCAUCUCGACCUUUGGAGGUGAUUGCUGUUGAUUUCACAGUCUUGGAACCAGCUUCAGAUGGCCGUGAAAAUGUUUUGGUUGUGACUGACGUUUUUACAAAGUUUACACAGGCUUUUCCCACAAAGGAUCAGAAAGCUGACACCACAGCCAAGAUUCUGUUAAGAGAGUGGUUUAUGAAGUAUGGUGUGCCUCAAAGACUGCAUUCUGACCAAGGAAGAAAUUUUGAAAGUCAGAUCAUUGCAGAACUGUGCAAGUUGUAUGGUGUGAAAAAAUCCAGGACUACCCCUUACAGGCCACAAGGAAAUGCUCAGUGUGAACGAUACAAUCGAACACUUCAUGACUUACUGAGGACACUACCACCAGAGAAAAAAAGGCGAUGGCCAGAGCACCUGCCUGAAGUCGUACAUGCUUAUAAUGUCACCCCUCAUUCCACAACGGGUUAUUCGCCUUAUUUCCUCCUUUUUGGAGUUGAGCCUUAUCUUCCUGUUGAUGCACUGCUAGGAAGUGAGCAUGUGACUGACAACAAACAGGACUGGUUGUCCAUUCACCGUGAGAGGCUUAAACAGGCCCAUGAGAGAGCGAAAGAGUACUCUGAGCAAAAAGCAGCUGAAAGGGUUUCGUUCCUUAACGAGAAGGUAUAUUGUCCCCCUAUAGACAUUGGUCAGUUAGUGUUGUUGCGACACCGACCUUUGGGAAGACACAAGAUUCAGGAUGCUUGGGGGCCUACUUUUUAUAAAGUAGUGGACAUACAGGGCACAACACACACAGUGGAACCUGUUGAAGGAGGCCCCACUAAGAGGGUUCAUAGGUCAGAGUUGAGACCUUGUGUGCCACCUACACCCAAACCCAGAACCAAGAAAAAGGGGGAAAGCAAUGUUCAGCCAGGGGUUGAAAAUGAGCCAAGGACCCAAGAGCCUGAAUUUCUUGUUGAGGAUAUCUACCCCAUCCCUCAUUUAAGUCAGCCCCAGGAAGCAACAGAUGCAGAUGGAUUAGGUUUUGUUGAUUCAGAAAAUUUAGAUGAAAGUCAUCCAAGAAGAUCCAAAGGAGUUGACUCCCUUGUGGAGAACAUUGAGUCAACUGACAUAAACUGGGUGGCAGAACCAGAGCUGAGACAGGGAGUCAGCAUGGAAGCUAAUGCUGACACUGCACCAAUUCCUGCCAUCAGAAAGAGCAAGCGAACAACUGCAGGGUCUCAUUCAAAUCCUUUUCAUUUGCCAAAGUCAGCCUGUAAUGCUAUUACAGUUACUACAGACAUGGUAGCACAGGUG